ACCACCCAUAUUUUAUUUGCCUCCAGUUUUGAAAUCAAACAAGCCCUAGCCUUGAGCUUACUUAAAAAAUUUGAGAACACUCAGAACAGUUAAAAAUGGAGGGGGAGAGAGCAGAGAGUAAUGAGCGGAAGAGUAAGCAGCCCAUCAAGGUGAGAGAUCAGACCCGGUACAGAGGGAUUCGGAGACGGCCGUGGGGGAAGUAUGCGGCAGAGAUUCGAGACCCUUCGAGGAAUGGGGCACGUCUAUGGCUAGGUACGUUUGAGACGGCGGAAGAGGCAGCGAGGGCUUAUGAUCGAGCUGCUUUUGGCUUUCGGGGUCAUUUGGCCAUCCUCAACUUCCCGAAUGAGUACCAAUAUCACAAUCCAUCAACCAGCUCUUUCGUUAGAUCAAAUUCUGUUUCUUCUUCAUCAUCAACAUCAUCUAAGUCAUUUUCUUCUGCUCCUGCUGAUGGUGGAAUGGAUUUUGGAAAUAAAGAAGGUCCAGUGAUAGAGUUUGAGUACCUGGACAAUAUGGUGUUGGAGGAGCUUCUUGAAGAGCAAAAGAAGUAAGUCCUGGAAAUUAAUCAAGGCAAACAGAUGCUCUAGCUUGAUUGAAUUGUUUGGUUUCUAUUUUACUGUGAUUCAAUUACAACAAUGGGAAAGGGGAUUGUACUUUUUUUUUUUUUAAUUUAAUUUAUUCAACCUUGCUUGUAACCCAAAAAUAAUGAAGAUAUAGUCUUAACUUCUGAUUUUUAAUUUCAAAUAGCAGAUAUAUUUACACUCAUCCAGUUGCUAUGACCAAAUCACAUAGGACUUGUUGGUAAUGUUACUGGUUUCUUUGACAGUUUCUUUGAUAGUUUGAUAGAUUCGGAUUGCUGAUGAGGAUGCCGGGGGAGGCAAGGUUGUCGACGGCGGCAGGGGUAGCAAGGAUCUCAACGAUGGCUGUGCAAUAGAGGAGUCUGCUAGGGUUUCUCCAAACUGGGUCUUUCUCUGGUUUAUAGGUUGAUGGAUUGGGGUUUGGACCCAAAAGACAAUUGAGAUUUUUUUCUAUUUUUCAGCUGAAGGGGUUGAGGGUGGAUUUCCAUCCUCUCCUUCUAUUCUUCUAAUACCUUUUAGUUUUUUUCAGUCGCAAAACAUCUAGGAACUCUAAUGA